GCCAAAAAACGUUUCAGCUUCCGAGUUUCCAGUGAAAAUAAUAAAUAAUUUUAUAUAAUAAAUAAUUUUAUAUAAAGAAUUUUAAUCACCCGCAAAGUGUUAAGAAAUGCUUAAAGCAACUACUCUUAAACAAUGCAGUAAAAGUUUUUCUUCUGUGGUAAUUACCAGCCGAAAUUCUAGUGAUGAGGCCUUACGACCUUACAUUUUGGGGAUUGAGACGAGUUGCGAUGAUAGUGGUUCGGCUAUCGUAAGCAGCAAUGGCAAGAUACUCGGAGAUUGUAUCUACUCACAACAAAAUAGUCAUCUGAAAUUCGGCGGUAUUAUACCGCCGGUUGCCCAGGAUUUUCAUCGAUUACACAUUCACAAUGUGGUACAGCAAACAUUCAGGAGCUCCAAUAUGGACGGAACCCAAAUUGACGCCAUAGCUGUUACGAACAGACCAGGAUUGCCUCUGAGCUUGUUAGUAGGCUUACGGUACGCAAAAUGGCUGGCUAGGAAAUACCAUAAACCUAUUAUACCAAUUCAUCAUAUGGAGGCCCAUGCUUUGAUGGUUCGGAUGACUCACAAAGUUUCGUUUCCCUUUCUAUGCAUACUUAUCAGCGGAGGGCAUUCUUUGUUAACGUUGGUCAAGGACAUCAGCCAGUUUUAUCUUCUGGGAGAAACGUUGGACGAUGCCCCAGGGGAAGCGUUUGAUAAGAUCGCCCGUCGGUUGAAGCUAAGGAAUUUACCAGAAUUUGCUUGGCUUUCCGGCGGACGGUCAAUUGAACAGGCCGCUAAGCUUAGCAAGGAUCCUCGGAAGUACGAUUUUCCCCUGCCGCUGUCGCACUACCGGGAUUGCCAAUUUAGUUUCGCAGGGUUGAAGAAUACAGCAACCAGACACAUUCUACAGCAGGAAGAAGCAUUAGAUCUUCCACCAGAUGCUGUACUACCCGACUAUCAGGACUUUAGUGCUGGAUUUCUGAACGCAGCAGCACGUCAUAUCGCACAGCGAACGCGGCGUGCGAUACGGUUUUGCGAAAACGAACAGCUAAUCAGUUCAACUGAUCCCAAAUUCAUUGUGGUAUCUGGAGGUGUUGCUUGUAAUGAUACCAUAUUUCAAACCGUGUCAGAUAUGGCGGAAUCAUUAGGUUACACGACUGUUAGGCCCGAGCGACAACAUUGUACCGAUAAUGGAGUGAUGAUUGCGUGGAACGGUGUGGAAAAAUUUCUUGCUAACCAGGAUGUUACAAUGGAUUAUGGGUCGGUGGAUAUUAUCGGUAAAACCAAAUUGGGAAUGUCUUUGAUUGAAAAAGUUAAAUGUGCAAAUAUACCAAAUAAAGAUUGAUUGAA